AUGGCCAAAGAAUUUUGGUUCCUGGCAGGCCCUACAAGCCCUGAUAAAAUUAGGAUUACAAUGUAUACUAAGUGGAAAUCACCUGCGCAAGCAAACUACAUGCUUAAUACCGAUUGUGCUUCUGAAAUCUCAUCUAUAAUUCAACAUCAACUUGGCCUAGGUGGUGUGUUCAGGAACUAUAAGGGGGAAUGGGUAUUAGGCUUUCAUGGAACCUGCGCUGCUACAGAUGUCCUGGAAGGAGAAACUCACGCUCUGUUAUUAGGACUCCAACUUGCUUAUCAGAACAACCUUUAUCCAUUGGAAAUUGGGAUAGACUCUCAACAAUUAGUCCGGCUACUUGAUUCUAAUACAUAUCCUAAUACAACUUUGAUAUCUGACUCAACUUUAAUAUCUGAUUGCAGGUACCUCCUGUGCGCACUGGAUAAUCCUCAAUUGCACCAUUUUUUCAGGGAGCAGAAUAGGCUAGCUGAAUGA